AUGUAUAUGGCACUUGGCCAGUCCAUGGAUAAGUACAGGCUGCAUCCCAGGAAGGAAGAGGACAGCAAGAACCUGGUGCCCAAACGCGACGUCGUCAUGGGCGUCCUGCUGCAGCAGCUGGUUCAGGCUGCCGCCGCCGUCUUCACCCUAACGGGAGAUAGCAGUAGUUCGUCGACGGCGCAAGAUCGCAUGAGAGGCGGCUCGCCGUUGUCGUUCCUGAAGCUGGCACAGCAGUUCGCGGUGGCCAUGGCCGUGCUGGACGGGUGGCUGUACGCGUGGCACCGGUACAUGCACCUGAACCAGUUCCUGUACCGGCACGUCCACUCUUGGCACCACCGCCUCGUCGUGCCCUACGCGUUUGGCGCGCAGUACAACCACCCCGCCGAGGGCCUCCUCCUCGACACGCUCGGCGGCGCGCUCGCCUUCCUCGCCUCCGGCAUGUCGCCGCGCGCCUCCAUCUUCUUCUUCUCGCUCUGCACGGUGAAGGCCGUGGACGACCACUGCGGCCUCUGGCUGCCGGGGAACGUGUUCCACCUCUGCUUCUGGAACAACACGGCGUACCACGACGUGCACCACCAGCUGCGCGGCAGCAGGUUCAACUUCUCACAGCCGUUCUUCGUGACAUGGGACAAGGUCUUCGGGACGCACAUGCCUUACGUCCUGGAGGAGAGGCCAUCUGGUGGCCUCCAAGCACGCCCCCUCAUGGCGAGACCCGCCCCCGGCAAUAUAACGGCGACGAAAACUAGCUAGCUAGCGAGGAUACACGAAUGGAUAUGCACGUAAAACAGAUAAUAUAUACUUGUAGCCAUAAAUAGAUAAACGUAGAGGCUCGAGCGCUCUUCUAGGGCUCUCUCUCUCUAGCUAUAUAUACAUCCGCUAGUAUCAAAAUGCAUUUGUGCAAGUUUUAGCUACUAAUUAAGUUUCAUCAUUUUUUGUUCAUAUUUUGUAAAACAGAAUUUACACACCAUUCAAAGGUUUCAUAUAUGAAAUCUUGUAUUGAUACAAGCAAGUUACAAUGGGUAAACGGCUGGUAUUGAAUUGGGGAUUUA